AUGGAUCCCACUGACCCUCCUCCAACUGCCCCACUGGCGGACGCCCAUACCAUCGAGAAAGAGCCAGUUACACACGAUGCGCAAGACCCUCGAACUUCAAUGCCAAAGCGCAAGCCGGUCCCCAUUGCGCCCGCGCCAGGACCGGCGGCCGUGAAACAGCCUCAAGCCAGCGUCCCCGUCGGCAAGUCCGCGCACAAGCUCCCUUUCUUCGGCGUCCCGGCGUGGUUCGCGGCGCAAAGGCAAUCGCGGAAAUACCUCAUCCUAGGGAUCAUUGCUGCAGUGGUUAUCAUCGCACUGAUCAUUGGUCUCGCGGUCGGGCUGACGGUGGGCAAAAAUGGAACGGCUAACCUGCCCCUCCCCAGCUCGAAUGGCGGGCCUUACUCGGGCGACUUGACAUACUACAAUCCGGCGCUUGGAUCGUGCGGAUACACGAACUCGGAUUCCGAUAUGAUAUGUGCGGUAUCACAUAUUUUGUUCGAUGCUGCGGCUUCAGGGUCGAAUCCAAAUGAGAAUCCUCUCUGCGGGUUGAAGAUCAGGAUCCGGCGCAAUGAUAAGAGUGUUGAUGUUAAGGUUGUGGACCGGUGCACGGGGUGUGCCGCGACAGAUUUGGAUGUCACUGAGGCUGUGUUCGAAAAGGUGGCCAAUCUGGAACAAGGCCGGGUUACGAUGGAGUGGGCGUGGCUUGAGGAAGCGCCCGUUACUGCUUGA